GCUGUGGGCUGAGUCACAUGACAUCACUCCCCGGGGCCGGGGGAACAAAGACAAGCUGUGACAGCGGACUCCCGGAGCUCAGUGGAGCGCGCUAGGACACGAGCUCAACUAAUGGACCUACUUCCCUCCAAAGACAUGAAGAGAGCCAAGACGCGGUUCAGCAGCAUAAAGCUGUUUGUCCUGUGCCACGGCCUCCUGCAGUUCUCUCAGCUGCUGUACAGCUCCUACUUCAAGAGCACCAUCAGCACAAUCGAGAGACGCUACGGCCUCAGCAGCUACUCCUCAGGAACCAUUUCCUCUCUCCACGAGAUCAGUAACAGUGUGCUGAUAGUGUUCCUCAGCUACUUUGGAAAUCGGGUCCACCGUCCUCGCUUCAUUGGAAUCGGUGGACUACUGAUGGCUGUCAGCGCCAUGAUCCUGACCUUACCUCACUUCUUGUCCCAGCCCUACGAAUACGACUCUGUUUUACACAAUCGCCCUGACAUUUGCAACCUGCAGAGGAACUCCAGCAGCCUGGAGACUUGUGGCCGCGACGAGACCAGGCGUCUGGCCGACACUACCAACCUGUGGCUGCUCAUGGGCAGCGCCCAGCUGCUCUUUGGCGUGGGCUCGGUGCCCAUCCAGCCCUUUGGGAUUUCCUACAUAGAUGAUUUUGCUGGGCCUGGCAACUCCCCUCUUUACAUAGCCAUCCUGUUUGCUGUAUCUGUAUUCGGGCCUGCUGUUGGAUACCUGCUGGGCGCAGUCAUGCUGCGGUUCUAUGUGGACGUGGACAAAACUGGUUUUGGAGCUGAACAAGAGCUGAUGCAGAGUGAUCCCCGCUGGGUCGGUGCCUGGUGGAUGGGCCUGAUCCUCACCUCCGGCUGCCUGGUUCUCACCUCCAUCCCCUACUUCUUCUUCCCUCGUGGAAUGCCUUCAGAAAAUAAUGUGGGUGGAAGUGAAACUGACAUGAAUGAUGACUUCAAGAAGCCAGAUACCUCUUUACUUGAUUUCCUGAAAAUGUUCCCCAGAAUGUUUGUCCACCUCCUGUUGAGCCCUCUCUUCAUGAUGCUGGUCCUGGCCCAGUGCUGCUUCUCCUCAGUGAUCGCAGGUCUCGCUACAUUCCUCAACAAGUUCCUGGAGCGACAGUACAGCGCCUCAACCGCCUACAGCAGCCUGCUAGUCGGUGCUGUGAAUCUGCCAGCAGUAGCUGUGGGGAUGCUGAUUGGCGGGGUCAUCAUGAAGAAGGCAGGUCUCUCUCUGAAGACCAUCCCACGCUUCUCUGUGGCCAUGCUGACCAUGUCCACCCUCCUCUGUAUCCCUCUCUUCUUCAUGGGCUGCCCCACACAGAAAGUCUCAGAGGUCAAUUAUAACCAGAUCGGACAGUAUGGGUAUCUACCCCUAUGCUACUCCAACUGCUCCUGCCCUGCCAGUGACUUCAACCCUGUGUGUGGCUCUGAUGGUGUCGAGUAUAUUUCUCCUUGCCAUGCAGGCUGCACCAACUUCACCAAAGAUCCCAACAACACCCACAGGGUUCAGCUGUAUACCAACUGCAGGUGUAUAUCUGGGAGCCCGAGUAAUGCCCGCCCUGCUCCCUGUUCAAACAGCUGCCCACAUCUUCUUCUCCCCGUCAUUCUUGUCAUCUCUCUGGCUUCACUGAUCGCCUGCCUCACUCACAACCCCAUGUACAUGAUGGUGCUAAGAUGUGUUCCCUCCGAAGAGAAGUCAUUUGCUAUAGGAAUUCAAUUUUUACUCAUGAGAGUAUUAGCCUGGCUACCUGCCCCUGCUCUCUUCGGGACGGCCAUUGAUACGUCAUGUAUCUGGUGGAAGAGGGUUUGUGGAAAGAAGUUUAGCUGUGGUUACUAUGACAACAACAUCUUGAGGAACCGGUACUUGGGCUUACAGGUGGGUUAUAAGGUCAUGGGUAUCGUCCUACUGAUGAUGCUGGGGUGGAAAGCAAAGCGGACCCAGGAGUACAGUCUGGAGAAGAGGCCUGAAGGACUACUGUGACCCUGCUGAGCGCCCCUGUGUCUCUCAAAGCUUUGCUAGAAUAUGUUGAAGAACAGUGUGUGGAGCAAAGCUGUGUUAGUAGGAGAAAGCCACAGCCUACACUGACCUCAAUAUCUGUCGGCCCACUUCCCUACCUAGUGCUUCACUGGUUGGAGUUAAGAUGUACAUUAUCCAAAAGGGAAAUAUCUGAUGUUUUCGGAUGCUUUAAAGCUAAUGAUUGGUAUUAUAUUGAAAAUAUAACUCACUUAUUACAAGUUUUAGAGAGGACAGCUAGAGGGCAGCUAAAACACCUCUGUUGUGUGGUACCUCACAAUAUUUUACAUGCAUCUGAGAUGAGAGUUCAGAUGGAUAAAUAUCUUUGUGUAUUACUUGUUCCUAUAAAGAAGGAAUCUAUUCAGGUUUCUAUUUCCAAUGGGAACAUAUUCUGUAACUAAUUACCUGUAUUAGCUUAAUAUUUAAGUUUAUUUUUUAUAGAUGUUUGUCUCAUACACAGAGACAUCUGUGAUAACUGCAGUAUUCUUUUCAUAUAUGAUCACAUAGUAUAACACUUGAUUUAAUUGCAAUGCUAAUGAAUGAUAAGAUAACAAGUACACACACUGUUACUCAUGAAUUGAAUUAACCACACACAUUAUGCUGUCUACUGGUUUGGUUGUAUUGGUUACAGUGGAGUGCAUAAAUGUGUAAGCAUUACUGGCAAAUACAAUACAAUUAAUCAA